AUGCACGUCAAUUUGCUUUUGAGUUGGACAUUCAUUGGAUCUCUUCUUGUCUUAACAUCAUUGGGUGAUAAGUCCAUUACUGUAAAGAACAACUGCAAAAAAGUCGUCUCAAUCGGUGUUCUGACAAACGGCGUUAGUGCUGGAUCUCCAGAACAAAGCUUUGAUUUGACACCCGGUGCUAGUAAUAGCUUCAACAAACCUGAUCAAUGGGGCGGUCGAGUUUGGGGACGCUAUCAGUGUUCUGGUUCUUCUGGUAACGACACGAACAGUUGUGGUACACCUGGCGCUACCAAUCCUGCUAGUUUGGCAGAAUUCUUUUUUAAAGGAUCAGGCGGUAAAGACUACUACGAUAUCAGUCUUGUAGAUGGUUACAAUAUGCCUAUGUCUAUUCAACCCACGGGCGGUUCACAAGUAAGCGGGUAUAGUUGCGGUUCGCCACAGUGUCAAAUGGCUUCUUGUCCUCCUGAAUUUGCUGUAAAAGAUGCUACUGGCAAUGUUGUUUCUUGUCAAAGUGCUUGUUCCAAAACAGGCUCUGAUCAAGACUGUUGUAAAGGAGACUACAAUAAUCCUAAUCUAUGUAAGCCAAGUGGAAGUUCUUACAAUAUUAAACAAGCAUGCCCCGACGCCUACAGCUUUGCUUAUGAUGAUCAGACGUCUACUUAUCAAUGUGAAGCACAAGGUUAUGAUGUUUCAUUUUGCUAA